UAUAUUUAUGUUUUUUGUGUUAAUCUAAAAUUUGCCGACUAAUUUCACGAUAUUUUGUUGAAUUUACAUUAAAAUUUAAAAUAAAUUUUACUCAAGAUAAACAAAAUUAUUUAUUCUGAAUUAAAGGGAAAGAAAAAAUGGCAUUAUCAGGAGAAAUAACCCUUCGCAUACAAUCGCCUGAUGGCAUGAAACGUAUUGAUAUACCAUCGACCGCAUCUUUGAAGGAACUUUAUGAAGAAGUCCAUAGAUCAUUAAAAUUAAAAGAUUUUGAUUUUGCAAUUUUUAAAGAGAGAAAUUUCACCAAAGAGUUGAUUUCCACGCGUUCACAAACUAUAGAAGGUAAUGGCUUGCAACAUGGAGAUAUUAUUUACUUCAAGAUAAUGUCGGGAACAUCCUCUGCAAGAAGAACAAGUAUUCAGGCAGUAGAUAAAUUUAGUAAAGAUUUUGGCCAAACAGCUUCGCAAAGUGCAAAUCAGGAUAAUGCAAGCUCUUCAGAUUUUCGUCAAUCAAUUUCUAAAAAUCAAGAUUUAAAAGAAGAUGAAGUGGACAUUAUUUUGGCAAAAACUGAUGGACGCAUCCAGCGUGGUAGAGACAGUAAACUCUGCCGCCACAAUAUAAACGGUUGUUGUGUCCAUUGUUCUGCAAUUGAUCCGUACGAUGAAUCAUAUUUAAAUGAACAAAAAAUUAAACAUUUAUCAUUUAAUUCAUACUUACGAAAACAAACAUCUGGUGUUGAUCGCGGAAAAUUCGUUCCAUUUGAAGAAAUUAAUUGCCGAAUAAAGCCAGGUUGUCGUGAACAUUUGCCGUGGCCAAAAGGUAUUUGUUCAAAAUGUCAACCGUCAGCUAUUACAUUAAAUCGGCAGAUAUAUCGCCAUGUUGACAAUGUGAUGUUUGAGAAUACAGCAUUAGUUGAACGUUUUCUAAAUUACUGGCGUACAACUGGUCACCAGAGAAUGGGAUUUUUAUAUGGAACAUAUGAACAACACUCGGAUGUUCCAUUAGGUAUUAGAGCAAGAGUUGCUGCAAUUUAUGAACCUCCCCAAGAAAGUUCAAGAGAUUCAAUAAAAUUAUUGGACGAUGAACAUGAAUCUGAAGUAGAUGAAGUUGCACGUGCCUUAGGGUUGAAACGUGUCGGUUGGAUAUUCACUGAUUUAAUAAGUGAAGAUGCGGCAGCCGGUACUGUAAAACAAAUACGUGGCAUUGAAACACAUUUUUUAACAGCACAGGAAUGCAUUAUGGCUGGUAAUUUACAAAAUAAAAAUCCCAAUCCAUGUCGUUAUGCAUCGAGUGGUGUUUUCGGUUCAAAAUUUGUAACUGUUUGUGUAACUGGUGAUAAAACUAAACAAGUUCAUAUGGAAGGUUAUGCUGUGUCUGCUCAAUGCAUGGCAUUAGUAAGAGAUGAUUGUUUGAUCCCAACAAAGGAUGCUCCAGAAUUGGGAUAUAUUCGAGAAUCAUCGGAAACUCAAUAUGUACCGGACGUUUAUUAUAAGGUUGAAACCGAUGAAACACGUUUGGUUCUAAGAAGUCACUGCAAUUAA